GGCUUUCUUCGCUGAAAUUUGGUGGCCUCCAACAUCUUUUUUCUCGCACAUCCUCCCGAGCCUGGUCUUCCCAUUGUGCCACACCACCACACCACACCCUCCUCCUCCUCCCGCUGCAUAACAGGUCCCAACUCGGCCGCAGCACACCGCAUGAGCCUGCAGGCGUCCGCUCCUUCUCCUCGACCUCCGCAAACAUGACGGCCACCAAGAUCGAUGGCAAGGUCAUUGCUCAGACCAUUCGCGAGCGCAUCUCCAAGGACAUUGCCGACAAGCAGGCCAAGAACCCUCGCUACAAGCCCAGCCUCAAAAUUAUUCAGGUGGGCGGCCGCGAGGACAGCUCGACCUAUGUCCGCAUGAAGCUGAAGGCCGCCGAAGAAGCAAACAUUUCAUGCACCAUUGACAACUAUGACGAGAGCAUCUCGCAGUACGAACUGCUCGAGAAGAUUGAGCAGUACAAUAAUGACGCCUCCGUCCACGGCAUCCUCGUCCAGCUGCCAUUGCCCAAGCACAUCGACGAGUACGAAGUCACCUCUUCGGUCGCCGACGCCAAGGACGUGGAUGGUUUCGGAGCGCUCAACAUCGGAGAGCUCGCCAAGAAGGGCGGCAAGCCAUUGUUCGUGCCAUGUACUCCCAAAGGUGUCAUGGUGCUGCUACAAGAGAGUGGGGUCGAUGUGAGAGGCAAGAACGCCGUCGUGAUUGGCAGAUCAGACAUUGUGGGCGCACCAGUCAGCUACUUGCUCAGGAAUGCAGACGCGACUGUGACUGUUUGCCACUCCAAGACUGCUGAUCUCAAAGAGGUGGUCAAGACAGGAGACAUUGUCAUUGCAGCCAUUGGCAAGCCACAUUUCGUCAAGGGCGAGUGGCUGAAGCCUGGUGCCGUCGUGAUUGACGUGGGCACAAACUCCAUCCCCGAUGACACGAAGAAGUCCGGACAGCGUCUGGUCGGCGAUGUCGACUACGACAGUGCAGUCGAGGUGGCGAGUCAGAUCACUCCAGUGCCAGGUGGUGUUGGGCCCAUGACCAUUGCCAUGCUGCUGUCGAACGUGGUCGGUGCCGCAGACACCUACUUUGACAGACAAAAGUCCCGCCACAUCACCCCUCUGCCACUCAAGCUCCAGCAGCCAGUGCCGUCUGACAUUGCUGUAUCAAGAGCACAGCACCCCAAGCUCAUUGGCAAGGUUGCUUCCGAGAUUGGUGUCGCACCACACGAGCUUGAGCCAUAUGGCCACUACAAGGCCAAGGUUUCUCUCGAUGUCUUGAAGCGUCUGGAGCACCGCAAGAACGGUCGCUACAUCUUGGUCGCUGGUAUAACCCCAACGCCUCUUGGCGAGGGAAAGAGUACCACCACGAUCGGCCUGACACAAGCCCUCGCUGGCCAGCUGGGACGAAUUGCAUUUGCCAAUGUUCGUCAGCCCUCGCAAGGCCCCACCUUUGGUAUCAAGGGUGGCGCUGCAGGUGGUGGCUACAGCCAAGUGAUUCCCAUGGAUGAAUUCAACCUGCACUUGACUGGCGAUAUUCACGCCAUCACUGCUGCGAAUAACUUACUCGCUGCUGCCAUCGAUACUAGGAUGUUCCACGAGGCUACGCAAGGCGACAAGGCCCUGUAUAGCCGCCUUGUGCCCAAGAAGAAGGGCAAGCGCGAGUUCUUGCCUAGCAUGCUUAGACGAAUGGAAAGGCUCGGCAUCAAUAAGACCAACCCAGACGACCUCACUGAGGAGGAAGUCAGAAGGUUCGCCAGACUGGACUUCGACACGGAGACCAUUACAUGGCGCCGAGUUCUCGAUGUCAAUGAUCGCCACCUACGGGGCAUUACAGUGGGCCAAGCGCCCACAGAAAGCAAGGCUGAACCACGUGCGACCGGCUUCGACAUUUCCGUUGCCUCGGAGUGCAUGGCUGUGCUUGCCCUUUCCACAGAUCUCAGUGACAUGAGAGAGCGACUAGGCCGCAUGGUCGUUGCAUCCUCCAAGGCAGGUGACCCAAUCACGGCUGAUGACAUUGGUGCUGCUGGUGCCCUAGCCGUUCUGAUGAAGGACGCCGUGAAGCCCAACCUUAUGCAGACAUUGGAGGGCACACCCGUGUUCGUGCACGCCGGUCCAUUCGCGAACAUUUCCAUCGGCAACAGCUCGAUCAUUGCUGAUCGUAUUGCGCUCAAGCUCGCUGGUACUGAGCCAGACGAGGCUGCUGAACAUAACGAAAAAGUCGGUUUCGUGGUCACUGAGGCUGGAUUCGACUUCACCAUGGGUGGUGAGCGUUUCAUGAACAUCAAGUGCCGUGCAUCCGGACUUGUACCCGAUGUUGCCGUCAUUGUCGCCACUGUUCGUGCUCUCAAGGUUCACGGAGGCGGUCCAGAGAUCAAGGCCGGUGCACAGCUCGACGAAGUCUACCGCACGGAGAAUGUCGACAUCCUUCGAAAGGGCUGCACCAACUUGGCCAAGCACAUUGAGAAUGCCAAGUCAUACGGGGUCAAGGUGGUUGUCGCAAUCAACAAGUUUGAGACUGACACUGAGGCCGAAGCUCAAGUCAUCCGCGAGGAGGCUAUCAAAGCCGGAGCUGAAGAUGCCAUUGUGGCCAACCACUGGGCGGAGGGUGGCAAGGGUGCAGUUGACCUCGCAAACGGAGUCAUCAAAGCCGCCGAGAACAGCAAGCCAGAAGAGUUCCAGCUCCUCUACCAGACCGAAGGGGGCUCCGUCCAGGAGCGGAUCGAAGCCAUCGCUAAGAAGAUGUACGGUGCUGCGUCGGUGUCCUUCUCGGAGAUUGCUCAGAAGAAGGUCGACACGUACACCAAGCAAGGUUACGGCAACCUGCCCAUCUGCAUUGCCAAGACUCAGUACUCCAUCUCCCACGACCCUGCGCUCAAGGGUGCACCAACGGGCUUCGAGGUCCCCAUCCGAGAUGUUCGCAUGGCAGCUGGUGCUGGCUACCUGUAUGCUCUUGCAGCAGAUAUCCAAACGAUUCCCGGUCUGCCUACAGCCCCUGGGUACCUCAAUGUGGAUCUCGAUGGCGAGACGGGCGAGAUUGAUGGUCUCUUCUAGGCUGUCCGAUCCUGUCAGGUGCCGUGGGACUGUUUGACGUAACGGAAACUUGGGAGUACAUCGGGGGAGGGGUUGCUUUUGUCCUUUUUUUUAUCUUGAUACCAUGCCCGCUGGUUCACCACAGCGGGCAAGUGCUCGGCGUCUACGCAUCGGCCAUAUACCCUCAGGGACACAGUGGAACAUCUGGUACAUCACUCAACGUGAUUUCAUAGCGAGGCGUUGGCGGAGGUAUAGAUACAUGUAGUUGUUUGUUAGAAUUGACGCAUACGGUGCGAGAAUUAUACACUGCAGUGCACUGCGUUUCCUCUUCCUCUUCCUAUUCUUAUUCUUCCUUUUUCCAGAUCGUACAUCCAUACUCAUGACAACUCUGCAAUAUCCCACCAGUUCACGUUUUUCCUGGUUCCCAUUUUCCUGAUAUCCCAUUUCAGUCCUGUCUCGUCCUGUGUCUCACUUGGUCCACCCUUAUCCUCCCCCUCUCUUAUUUUCAUUGGUCCACUUACCACCAAUCCAUUCAACGUUCCGACGCUUCCUAUGAUUUAUCCACCGCAAACCCCUUCAAAUCCUCCAACUUGAUCUUCUCCAGCACCUUUUGAUUCGUCGCAUUCAACCACACCUUGGGAACAACUUUAUCGCCCGCUUUCGCCGUGGUUCGCGCUUCAAAGGCUUCGAGCCAUCGAGAUGCGCACAAACACCAUUUACAGCCGCCUUUCAUGCCGCUGAUUGAGCGUAAAUCGUUGCCGCGUGAGGCUGUGAAGUCGAGGAACCUGUGAAUAUGGAAAAACAGAGCGGAAGGUCAGCUUUUUUGUGGAGGGUGAAGGGAUGGAUGGAUGGAUGGAUAUCGGGAAAGAACAGACUCUUCUGUGACUUCGGCUGCUACGCCGUGGUUGCCGUAGUCGGAGCCGGGGACUUCGCAGUAGCCGUUUCG